CUGAUCUCGACCUGCAUCUGUGGCGCCGCUCGCUCGCAUGGCCCGGCCGUGCAUUAACCCCAAGGGCCUUUUCGCACUCGCGUUGUUGCUCUGCCACAGAUUGAGCUGCUUGCAGGGUGCUUGGAGGGUUUGGCUACACUACACCGCGGCUGAAGCCAAAAGUGCUAGCGCGUCGGGAAGAGGGCCAGUGAUCGUCGAUUUCUCGAUUCUUGGCAUACCGCGAAACGGCAAGGUGUGCGAUGCAGAGACGGGGGUUGGGCGCUCCAUGGGCCGAAGGGUGCCAUCGCAAAGGGAAGAAAGUGCGCCUGAUCUGGGAGGGGCCCUGUUCGCCAUGAAGUCAAAGUGCACCCGCGACCUCGACCGUUCGUUUUCGACAAUUUUCAUUUUUCCCUUCCUUCCGCUCCUCUCCUUCACCGUGACGCGACCGUCGAGGCUCGUAACGGCGGCCGCAAGAACAAGUCGACCAUGGCCGUCAAGAGUCUCGGAUGGCUGGCCGCUGCCGCCGUCUCGCUUUCCGCCGUGAGCGGCAUGGCCCGUGAGCAACUCUUUGCUCGCAGUGCCGCCCAGACGCCGGCUCCCCAGCUGAGAGAGGGCGGCAUUGACGUCUCUCCCCUCGCUGUAACCGCCCUCCCCAUCCUUCCCCGGGAUUUGCAAAAGCGCGAUACCCAGACAUGCGGCUAUGUCGACGGAAACCCACAUUCCGACUACAUCUGCGCCCAUCCAGACGCACAAUGUCUCUACGACACGAGGGUGUCCGCCGUCGGCUGCUGCCUCACCACGUCCUGCGAAGUCUACGCCGCCUGCCUGCCCUAUGCAUCGUCAAAGGCGACCAAGACAUAUGACAGGGAGAGGACGUUGUAUUGUUCAAACUCCAACCUGCCGUCCUGUGCCGUGUUUUCCUACGGCGACCGCACUGGUUCUAUUGCCGGCUACACCAUCCACACUUGCGACAGCGUGUCGACAACGUACACCAUAUUCUUUCGGGCCACGACGAGCUCUUCGAGUUCCAGCACCACGUCGUCCUCCGAGACGUCCCAAUCGUCGGCCGAGUCGACAGCUGAGUCGGCCGAGUCGACAGCUGAGUCGACCACCUCUGACUCCUCGCCCACGGCCACGGACGGCGGUGACUCUCCUGCUGAAACCAGCGACGGUGCCGAUUCCGAUUCCGGAUCAUCCACGCCCGUCGGCCCCAUUGUCGGCGGUGUCAUCGGCGGUGUCGCGGCCCUCGCUCUCAUUGGCCUCGGCGCCUUCUUGCUCAUCCGGCGCAAGGACAGCAACGGCCCGGCCCCGGUGGGCAUGGCAGCUGCGCCCGGCGGUCCCCCAGGCGGGCCCACCGGCUACAUGGGAGGACCCCCUGGCGGUCCUCACGGCGCAUCCGCCUAUGGACCCCCGCCGGCCUCGCCUCACUCGGCCAUGAACGCCCCCGUCUAUGAUCCAUACGACCCGCUCCAGAACCCCUCCAGCCACCCCGGCUCCGUCCACCCGAUGCAGAACAUCCCGCCGAUGAACACGCCCCCGACCGGCAGCCCGCCGCCGAACUACCAAUACCCCCAGCAGAUAUACGCCAUGCCCCCCCCUCAACAGCAAGGGAUGGGCAUGGGCAUAGGCAUGGGAAUGGGCAUGGGCAUGAACGGCAUGGGCACCCCUCCCCCGCAGCACAACGGAAUCGGCACGCCCCCUCCGCCGGUGGGCAUGGGUGCCCCGACGCCUCCGCCGCCGCAAAAUGGCGGAUAUAUGCCGUACCCUGGUCCACAGCAGCAGCAGCAGCAGCAGCAGCAGCAGCAGAAGCUGCCGAUGCAGAUGCAGCCCGUGGAGUUGCCCACGCAAAGGGGGGAUGGCGAAUUGCAUGAGUUGUCUUGAGGUCGGUGUAUCUGGUGUUGGUGUCGGAGUUGGGAGAAAAGAGUGCGUUAUGGUGGGCGGAUUUGUUUUCGCGGCUGAGCGUUUAUGAUUCUCGAGUAUAUAAUUACUUAGCGCCGAGGGGGCCUUCAGACAGGACAUUGGGAUGUCAUUGCAUGCAAGCCAGCUCGCUUCCUGUUCAAAAGGAGACUCUUCAGAGCGGGGAGUACUAAUGGAAAUUUGAAAAUAUUACGAUGAAACAAAAAUAGUGUUACAGGAUUUGACUGUCUAUAGGUCAGAUCUGACUAACCUACUAAUAGGGAUAAGAAGCUAGAGUGUUAACAUAUAUUUAGAUAGGAUCUCUAAGUGCCUCUGGU